AUGUCUGCCCCUACAGUCGUCACCUCAGACGGCCCACCGGCUGGCCCUCCCACCAAGUCGCUGCCCACUCUCCUCCCUCCCCGCAUGCUCCCCCCCGGCGUCGAGCAGGACUCCUUCCAAACCUUCGCCCAGCGCGUCGUUUCUGUCGUAGGGGCCUCCAACCUCGAGAUCAUCGCCGACGACACCCCGCUGGAGAACGACGACUUUGGCGAGACUUGCUUCAAGUACGACCGCUAUCGGUCCGCCGACAACGAGGCGCUCCUGGUCGGCUGCGCCGUCGUCCACCCGCGGCACGUCGCCGACGUCAAGGCCGUCCUGGCCCUCUGCACCUCCUUCAACGUCCCGCUGUGGCCCGUCUCUGCCGGCCGCAACCUAGCCUACGGCGGCGCGGCCCCGCGCGUGCCCGGCAGCCUGGUCAUGCGGCUCGGCACCCACAUGAACCGCAUCCUGGACGUCGACACGGCGCACUUUACGUGCGUGGUCGAGCCCGGCGUGACCUACCAGCAGCUGCACAACCAUCUAAAGGAGAAGGGGCUGUUGGAUAAGGUCAGGCUGGACACGCCCGAGGUGCCGUGGGGGAGCAUGAUUGGAAACGCGCUGGACCGUGGUGGCGGCGCGACGCCGUAUGGAGACCACUGGGGCACGCAUUCCGGGAUGGAGGUGGUGAUGCCGGAUGGAGACGUGGUGAGGACGGGGAUGGGAGCGAUGAGCAGUCCGGAGGGGAGGAGGGAGGCGGCGCAGGGCGUACCACCCGAGGACCAGACGCCGAAUUCGUGCUGGACGCUUUUCCCGUACGGUUUCGGACCCAUCAAUGACGGCCUGUUCAGCCAGGGCAGCGUCGGCAUCGUGACCAAGAUGGGCUUCUGGCUGAUGCCCAACUUCCCCGGCAUCACCCCCUUCAUGGUGACCUACGCACGCGACGAGGACAUCCAAGCCGCCGUCGAGAUCGUCGGCAAGCUGCGGCUGCACCACGUGCUCGCGCACUCGUGCUCGAUCCGCUACAUCACGCUCGACACGGGCUUCUACUCGCCGCGGGCGGCCUUCACCGACUCGCCCAAGGACGUCAUCCUGACCGAGGAGGAGCUCGACGCCAUGUGCGCGCGCAACACGCUCGGCCGGUGGAACUUUACCGGCUGCGUCUACGGCCCGCCCAAGAUCCGCGAGCUCACCAUGCAGGUCAUCCGCGAGGAGAUGACCAAGCCCGAGGGCAGCAGGCUGUACACCCUGGACGACAGGACCGAGAGGCCAAGCAUGCUGCAUGGACGCGCGCCCAACAUGGAGGGGCUGUGCAACAUGGAUCAACAGAACUGGAUCAAGCAGUGGAUGCCCAACGCCGCCCACAUCCUCUUCACGCCCGUGUCCCGCAUCGACGGCGGCUCCGCGCUGGAGCAGUUCCAACUGGCCAAGGCUCUCUUCGCCGAGUACCAGAUGGACUUUUUCGGACAUUUGGCCGUGUACCACCGGGACAUGCACAACGUCUCGUGCAUCGUCUACGACUCCGAGGACGCCGCCAUGCGCGGUCGCGCCUGGGCUCUGGCCCGCCGCCUGAUCGACGAGUGGCAGGCGCGCGGCUGGGGCGAGAUGCGCACGCACAUCGGGCUGCACGACCAGGUGGCGGCGUCGUACGACUUCAACAACCGCGCCAUGCUGCGGCUGAACGAGAAGGUCAAGGAGAUGCUCGACCCGAAGGGCAUCAUCGCCCCGGGCAAGAGUGGCAUCUGGCCGCGCGGGUACGACAGGGGUAAGUACCUGAUGGGCAAGGACCACAUCGACGCGUUCCCCGGGGUGGAGGGCGGGUUGUUGAGAGGGGGGCCUAAGGCGGAUGCGCGCGGUAGCGGCGGGAGGAGCAGUCAUCUGUAG